AUAGUUACAUCUGCGUUGCAUCUCACAUCGUAACGUGAGUGAGUCGAACGUCAAGUGCAAUUUUUUUUUUAUACCUUAAAAUCAAAUACGCGUUAACAGGAAAUAAUCAUAUAAUCCACAUCCCAAUCCAUCUAUCAUGUUAUCUCAUAAUAUACUAAUCAACACAGGUAACAUUCUUUCCUUAAACGAGGUGAAGAAAAAGGCAGGACUGAACCCCAGUGAUGAGCUUAUCGAGACACUGAAAAUCACCUUGAAAGAUCAUGAAAGCCCUGAUGACGCAUCAAGAAAUAUAAAUGGCCAACAUGAUGUAAGCGUGAAGGAUGUUGAACGAAUAGGUUUGAAAAUAGCUGUCAAAGUUUUCAUUUCAUGCCCCAAAAGUGAAUCCCUAAAGGCAGCUCUAGACCAAGUUUUUGAUGUCCUGCAGACCAAUUUUAUCGAUUCACUGGUAAUAGCGUAUAACAAUACAAGUACAGACGAUGCCCUUGCAUCACUACAGUCGCUCUGGACCAUAGUUGAAGAAUACGUCAAACUUGGCAAGUUAUCCUCAGUUGGAGUCAGUGAUGUUGAUACCGAGGUCUUUAUACAACUGUUUCAGUGGGCAAACACAAAACCCAAUAUUGUACAAAUAAACUUGGCUACUUGUUGUGUCGUACCACCUGCGUUACAAGAAUUCACAAAAGAAAAUGAGGUCCAACUACUAACCCACAGUGACCCAAGUCAAAUCUUACCCCAAAAUGUUGUAGACGAUAUUUUUGGCGAGGGUGUUCACGUUAAUUGGCUGACGCGAUAUCAAGUCCAUGUAAAAUGUCGAGGCGUUCUUUCGACAAAGGGGUAUCUCGUGUACAUCAAUAAAACAUCGCCUCCGAAAAACUGAUUUUUCUCAGGUUCGUUCGGGAUUCGCCUAAAUAGUUUUAAGUUAUGCGGAAAUAUGUACAAUAAAUAUUAAUAAUGUCAAUGAAAAUAGUUGCCUGAAAUUAAACAUCGAAUUUUAA